CUAUUCCCGAAUGCGUUAAGAAAGUUGAAAAUAUCAACGCGGUGAAGACAGAGCUUGGAAGUAAGAAUGUCUGGUUUGAAGAUGCAGGCACCUCCGAGGCCCAGUGCAGGUUUUGGUACCAGAACGAAGAACGAGACGCCGGAUAUGAAGGAACAGUAUCUGUUCCUGCUUGAAUUUUUCGUGCACAGUAUAUCCGGCGAGAGAUUGGCUAAAUUGAAUCAGAUGUUCUUCGUGCCGACGAGUGUGUGCUUCAGAUUCUUAACCUUCAACGACGACAGUAUAGAGGUUACACCUGUGGAUCCGAUGUUCGAACCGCAGGCCGGGAUCGCCGAUGAAAUAGAAUACUUCUACUCUGGAAGAUCGGUGAUGUUUGCGAUCGCCGAGGAUGUCGUGGUAAACAAGAUAUCCGAGUUCAACGUCGCUCUGAUAGUACAGAAAAAAAUGCCGGAUAACAUAAAGCCGAACGUUUUGGUUGGCGUGAGCUUUAUCGACCUGAGCAAGCAGUUCGCCGAGCUAAGAUGCGACCUCCAAUGUUGUUCGGACAACCAGAUACCACCACCGCAGUCGUGCGAGGGUGAAUAUCCACUGCUAUUCAACGGUGAAAUGGUAGGUGAAAUAAGCCUAUACACCAGACUGUCCGCGUUCGGUCAAACGAUAGUGACGGAGUUCGACGCCCCUCCGGAUAAGGCCGAAAAACAAUCGACCUUUCUCUUCAGGGGGGACGAAAUCGAGGACAAAACACUCGCCUACAAGUGUCGGAUGAUAAACUCGAGCAGCGUUGAUAUCUGUCGUGAAUCCACCGAGAAACUGGGACAGUGUCCCAUAUGCGAACCACCUCAUUUUUCUUGCCUCCCUUGCGGCCUCAGCUUUGGGGCCGUUGCUCGUCCCAUGUCGCCGGCUCUGACCGAGAUCAAGUCCCCGAUUCAGACUUCGGCUUCAUACCCAUCUCCGACCAUCGGUAGUGGUCCGAUUCAGUCGAGUCGUGGAGGUCCUUGUGGCAAGGCGGUCGUCCUCAAGGUUUCGGGACUCCUUGACGCCGGGGAUGGUAGCAAACAGCCGACGGUCACCGUCGUUCCCGAGUCUGAGGCAACGGGGCCCAACAACCCUCCGGAUUCUGAGCACGAUGUUUUUAUUCUGAGGAUCGGUAAGAAGGGACUUGUUGCUGAGGGUGAAAAGUCCGAUUUACAACUCGAGAUGCGGACGCCCAAAGGACCCGAACGACGUCCCCCGAUUAGGCACGUUCCAGUACCGAAACCAAAAACUCCACCCCUGCCAAAGUUAGUCAGGGUAGAACCUGCGGAAGACCCUCCUAUGGCGAAGGACAAGAAAAGCGGUAAGAAGAAAGAAAAAGGGAAAGGAAAAAAGAAGUGAAAUGAUCAGUGUUUGCACUUCUUUAAACGUAUAUUUGGAUAUGAUGAUAUAUUAUACUCUCAAUAAAACCAGCACCC